UAUUUGAGUACUUUGUUGUUACCAGUGUGAUCCGGCUUCUGUGGGGCCCGCGUUCUUCAAAACCAGAACACCUCCGACAUCCUUCCAGCCGUCCUACCCGACCGUGUGAGUCUACUACGAUGGCAACUACACCAACGACAACACCAACAACUACUAUCUCACCAUGCGGCUACCCUCCCGCCCUCCUCAACGGGGAGAUUGUAAGGAUAACGUCAUCGACGGCGGAGUAUGGCUGCCUCACCGGCUUCGUCAUGAGCGGCUCCAAAGUCAUCCUCUGUAGCGGCAGCGGCGGCACCUGGGCGACUGACCUCCCGUCGUGUGCUGUCAUUGACCAGAGUCCCGAGGUCUAUGUGUUUGCUGACUGGUGGCAAUACUUCCUGGCUGCUCUCCUCUCCUUCAUCGCCCUCCUCCUCCUCGCCUUCCUCAUCUGGUGCUGCUGCUGCCCGCACCCCACGCCCCGGAGUGAAGGUCAGAUUCGCUUUAUGCAAGUAGUCCAGGAAGUGGUGGAUGAAGACAAGAACCGGAAGAAAGCAAAGCCUGUGAACCAGUGGAUGCCUCACUCACAUCCGGUCAGAAACAUCAACACCAGUACAAAGUAG